AUGAAUGACAGAAGGAAUUUCAGUUCUAAUCCAGAAGAACGUGAUCAAUCUGAAUUUUCACGAAUUGCCCAAAGCAAAGCAAAAAUAAACAGGCUGAAGAGAAGUCCGAGGCCAAGUCACCCACAGUCUCAGAAACCGCCCUAUAGUACGGGUAAAACAGAACUGAAAACACCGACACGUCUGACAACAAACAGAUUCACAAACUGGACCACCAUCGACUCUCCUAAUAAUGAUGCCGAGUUUCAACAAGAUAUCAUCUGGGAUCCAACAUCACCAGCGGCUCCUUUUAGAAAUGGACGCAGCCGAAGGAGAGCUACAAACCUCACACCGGUGGACGUAUUAGACAUUGCCAGACGGAUAGCGCCAAAGAGCAGGAGACCUGAGGAAGCAGAGUCAUCUUUGCUACAGUGGAUCGGGGACAGCGCUAUUCCAUGUACUCCAGAGGUUCGGGAGCCCACACCCAGACCCAAAUCAAGAAGGCAAAACGUUGUGGACGACCUGCUGAAGUUGGCAAAGCAGUUCGAUUUCAACAUGAUCCAAGCGGAAGAAGCCCUGCUCCAGCCCAGACAGCAGCGCUCGGAGCAAGUUAUGGAUGUUAUGGACAAGGACCAGGAGUUGUUUUGUGAGGAGAACUACUCACGAGCUCUGCCUCAGGCUGGCAAUCCCAAAGUUGAGAGAGCCCCGUUGCUUUUGGAGGAGGGUGACGAUACAGUGGACGAUGCAGCCCUCAUUCAGGAAAUGGAGGAUGAUCUGGACUUGCUCUUUGAUUGUUCAACGCUGGAGGCCAGUGGUUACCUCAGCCAGGGUUUAAGUGGACAGUGUCAGAACGUAGCUGAAAGCACACAGGAUGCAGCCAUGGGUGUGACUCUUACUGCUACGCAGGGCAAAGACACUGUGGUUAAUGUGUCUCUUCCCGGAGAGGUGCUGUGUAAGAGCGGUCACCGAGGUCUCGCUCCUGUAGUGGGCGGUGACUCGGCAGCAGAUGCUGCUAAGGUACUUGUCACUGCAUUGCCGCUUAGCAACAGCAGACCAGGUGUGAGCUCAGCACAUGACUUUGAGGACGACUGGAGCAACGACGACUUGUUGGACGACUCACUGCUGUUUGAGAUGACGCAAAACCCUGAACUCUUCUCCGCGCCUCAACGCAGCUCCACACAGAAACAGGUGAACAGAAACAAAGAUGGCACUUUCUUCAAGAAUACAAACAGCAAAGUGACAAAUGGAUCUCACCACCAGCAAGCUGGUAACAAUGUGAAGUUUGACAGCUCACAAGGACUAAACCAGAGGCUCAAAAGCAGGCAGACCUUUCAGAUGGACCCUCACCCUGCCCAACAGUGUCAUCAGUUGCCUAGCAAUGGGAAUAUUUUAGGAAGAGAAGUGCUUGUGGAGAGCAAUCAGCAAAGGCGGAUUACUGCCUCCAACGAAGUUCCGUCGGUUUUUUCAGGCACAAGGAUCUGGAAUCCAAGCCAGUGUCAACGCAGCGUAUUCAGAGUUGGUGACCAACCCCAGGCGCAACGGCCAUCAGGAACAACCAAUGUUUCCUCCACUUCAGCUGAAGACGUAAAUAAAACCUGGUUGGUUUCUAGCAGCUUUGGUUCAUCAGGAUGUGUUGCGUCUGCUCCAUCUGGAUUCUGGCAUGAUAAGGUCGCCAAGGUCAACGAGGAGAAAAACCACCCGAUCACCAAAGGCGACGGCCUCGCCGACAUCGCAGAUGAUGACCUGGACUCCAUCUUUGCAUCUGACGAUAUCUGGGAUGAUGGGGCGGACGACGACGACCUGCUCUGCGAAGCAUGUGAAAAAGUGGAAGAAUCCACAGCCGACCUAGACCCUCUGGAGACUCCUGUAGCGAAGUCCAGAAUGGACAACAGCCGUGUGCAGGGCGGGGUGUUUGUCUCAGCCAUGACGACCGGUCAAAGUGCCAUCACUAAUGUGACGCGACCUAAAUGGGAGAACCUGUUUGUCCGACCGAACACGCCUAACAGGACCACGUCACUAGAGAAUACAGUGGACAACAGCAUGGUUGCACCAUCCAGUGGUUCAACUAAAGGGCCGUACAGGUUCACCCAUGUUAAAAGCACGUCAGGCAUGAGUAGCACGCCUGGUAGUACUGCGCUGCUGCAGCAGCAGGUUUGCAAAAGGGGCGUGGCCACUUCGCCUCAAUCAUCUCCAAGGGUUCCAGAUGACCAUCAUUUCAAAAAGCCUUAUAGUACCUUUAACAAUACACCUUUGUCCAGAGACAUCAGUCAGAAGAAGGUGGUGACAGUUGGGAGGUGUAGUGAUGCUGAGAUUGAAAAGAAGAAGCAGCAAGCCAUGGAAAGGCGGAGACUCCGGAUGAUGGCCAAUCAGAACCUUGGAGCACCUACAUGAUGUCACAGCACCACGAAGAUGCACAACAGACAGACUUCUGUUUAGUGUGUCAACACUGCAUUGUGCUGUUGCAGCAGCAUUGAACUCAUGAUCAGUUGUGUUUUCCUGAAUGGAGAGGUUGACACACGAAUCUCAAUAUGUGCUUGUUAUCAAAACUCAUUCUGCUCAGGACAUCACACACUUUAGCUAGAGAAAAGUGGGAUUAUUUGAAAAUUUGGCUAUAUAUUUUUUUCUUCCUUUUGCAACUCAGUUUAUUAGCCCCUGUUGUUCUUGGUUGACUUUGCUGUUCAGGUGAAACAUUUCUCCGGUUCCAAGUGUAAUUUUUCGGAGGUUGUGAAUUUUUAAUUUCUUUCAGUGCCUUUGAGCAAUGUUUGUUCCUGUGUAUAUAUACAAAAAUAAAUAAGAGCUGCAA